AUGAGUCUCUCAUUAACAAUAAGAUGCGCCGGCCGGACAAUACCGCGCCUACUCCCGGGACCUCAGACGCUCCGUCUUAGACCUCUACAACAAGCUUCGCCAAGGGGCUGGCCGUUAAGCAAGACCCCUUAUUUCCCACACGGCCGCCACUUCUCAAGUCUUCCACCAGGCCAGAGCAAUGAAGCCCAGGUGCCACCAACAAACGAGCCGCAAACAGCGCAACAGCAGCAGCAGCAACCACCACCCCCAAAGCAGCGCCCAACAUGGCGCACAUGGGUCCUCUUCAACCUAGCCGGUCUCAGCGGCGUAUUCAUCGUCGCAGUCGUGCUCAGAAGCAUAAACUCUCAAGACGGCGCCAAGAAUUCCCCCAUAAACACGACGUCCUUCAGCCCCUUCACCAUCACCGCCAAAGAGCAGGUCUCGCCCACAGCCUUCGUGCUUAGCGUUCGCGCCGAGCAGCAGAAACUAGGGCAGAAUGGAGAGAGUUCGUCACAGCUGCUACAGCGGUCCUGGGACCAUGGUCUCUGGUCCGUGGAGAUCAAGCAGCCGCAGUUGCAGAUCGCGCGGCAUUACACGCCGUUGCCUCCUCUGUCGGGGUCCUGUGGUAAUGCCGAGGGAGAAGGAGGCGGGGAGCUAAGGUUCUUAAUCCGUAAGGUCGACGGCGGCGAGAUGUCGACGUACCUGUCGAAGCUGCGCGUGGGCGAGAAGAUAUGGCUGCGGGGCCCGCACCUCGGGUUCGAUGUCGCGCGGCGCCUGGGCGAUGCCGGUAGACACGUCGUAUUUCUCGCCGGGGGCACGGGGAUCGCGCCUGCAUUGCAAGUUGCGCGGAGGGUCUUGGAGGAUUACGGCUCAGGGGUUGAGAUAAGUGGACAGGAAGGGAAGAGGAAACCUACCGUCUCGAUCCUAUGGGCGAAUCGAUACGCUGCUGACGCGCUGGGACGACAACAACAACAGCAGACUCGGGGUUCCAAUACUAACAACCUACGAUCAUCAUCAUCCUGGUUCUGGCGCAGCGCAACCCCAACUCCAGCACCGUCUGGUACGAUCAACCAGGAUCUACAGACCCAAGCAGAACCAACCCUCGCACUCCAAAUCCGCGAGCUACAACUCAAACACCCCGACCACUUCCACAUUUCGUAUUUUAUCGACGAGGAAAGACAUUUCAUCGAAGAACAAGAUCUGCACCUCGCGCUAACAAACACCUCCUCACUAACCUCUAUCCCCCUCCCUGCCUCCCCAUCCUGUACAUGGCACUCUCCAACCCAACUCAUAACACUCCCCGACGACAACGACGUCGAACGGCGAACUUCACCGUGUACCUGUCUACAUAACAACCCUUCUUCUUCAUCAUCUACGCAGACCGGGGCAGGCGCGAAUCUGAUCUGCGUGUCGGGCCCGUAUGGCUUUGUGGCGGCGUAUGCGGGGGCCAAACGAUGGUUUGGGGGGAGUGAGAGGCAGGGCCCGGUGCGUGGGAUGUUGGGGCAGAUGAUGCAGGAUGAGGGGCGGAACUGGCUUGUUCUUAAGUUGUAG